CUCGACUUCCAUGCUAACGGCGAGUUAGGCCGUUCGAUCUAUAAGCAGUGGCCGUCUCGCUGACUCGCCGAAAGGAGUGUAAGCACGGACCGCUCCAGUCUCUCUCCGAUUAUGGAAAGCGGCGACGACGAGGGCGACGGCGAUCAUUUCGACGUUUUGAAGGGUAAGGAUCCCGAAGCUGAGGAGAGGGCAGAGCUUCUCAAAGAUCGGUUCCGCCUCUCCGUGAUCUCCAUAGCCACCUCCGAGGCCAAGAAAGUCAAUAUGGAGGUCGCGGAGCCCGUGGUUGCAUGUAUUGCCGAUCUAGCUUUUAAGUACACAGAACAAUUAGCUAGAGAUGUUGAGUUGUUUGCACACCAUGGUGGCCGCAAAUCUGUGAAGAUGGAAGAUGUAAUACUAUCAGCACAUAGGAAUGAACACCUGGCCAGCUUACUAAGGACUUAUUCACAAGAACUGAAAGGGAAACAGCUACAAAAUGAAUCUAAGAAGAAGAGAUCUUCAAAAAAGGAUGAUAAAGAAAUUCGUGACUGAUGGGUUUUAUUCUUCUGCAACAAAUGGAGAUCUAUUUGAUUGAAACAAACUGAUGGUUGCAGGGAGCACAUGUGUUUUGUCUCUCGUUCUGACUUAGUCACCUGUAUGAACCAAGUGCAGGUUUUUAUUUCUGAUGAAAGAAAUGUGCUAUGGCAGAGUGGCUUUUAGUUCAGUCAUAGGUCGAAUCAAAUUCUUCCUUGUCCAGGUAUUAUUCUGUACAGUAUAUAGUAUAUUAUUUCCCUUUUUGUGGUGUAUUGAAAAGAAUGCCAUCUACCAUUCAAAAGCAUUGGUGCACGUAAAAGAACAAGUCUUAUUGUAAUGCUUGUAAGUUAACUAUGUCCUCUAUUUUCAGAAUGCAUGGCAUUUUCUUAGAUGGUUCAUAAA